GUCAUUCGACAAAGUGAAAAUUGAAGUGACUGUGAAAAUUAAGACAAAUGCGUGCUCCUCCUCCUUCGGAUUACUCUGUCCAUUAAACAAAACUCCGCAAAAGCCCGCAGGCGAAUCCACGAAGCUCCAAUCCGAAUCUGAAUUCAAGCUAAAUUUGGACUUAACUAGUCGUCUACCGCAACAAAAGAUGGAGGCUAAAGCUGGUUUAAGUUCACAGGAGGAAAGGGCCCUGAAAGGUUCAGAGAAACUCAAAAUGCUGGACAUCACCCGCGAUAAGCCCGUGAAGGGGGCCGUCAAAGUGGCCGUGCCCGUGAGGGAUCACCCCAAGUUUAAUUUCGUUGGCAAACUGCUGGGACCCAAGGGCAAUUCGAUGAAGCGCCUCCAGGAGGACACCAUGUGCAAGAUGGCCGUGCUGGGCCGCGGGUCGAUGCGCGACCGGCGGAAGGAGGAGGACAUGCGCGCCAGCGGCGACAAUCGGUAUGCCCAUCUCUUCGAGGACCUGCACGUGGAGAUAUCGACGUUCGCCGCCCCAGCCGAGGCCCAUGCCCGCAUCGCCUAUGCCCUGGCGGAAGUGCGUCGGUUUCUGGUUCCAGACUACCAUGAUGAUAUCCGCCAGGAGCAGAUGUGGGAGAUGCAGGCGCUCACGUCCACGCCGGGUCUGGCCAUGCACCUGGACGACUCCCAGAGUCCCACCACCAGCACCAGCACGGGCAGGGGCACGGGUACGAAUCCCAAUCCGAGUGCCGUCAACACCUGCCGUGGUCUUGCCGGUGGCCUGGCGGACAUGGACACAUCGAACGAUGACAAAUCGGACAAUGACAUCAGUGGCAUGGACUGCCUCUCACCGGACAAGCUAGACUGUUUCCCUGCCUGCGGCAGCAUCAGCAUCACCACCACCACCGAGGAUGCCCACAGCCAUGCCCAUGCCCAUCCCCAACAGCACCACCAUCAUCACCAUCAUCACGGCCAUCCCCACGCCCACGCCCAGCCGUCACACUUCCACCAGCUUCUGCAGCAGGCCCACGGCGGAGCCAGUGCAGCGGCAGCGGCAGCCUGCGGGGUGCAUCUGUCCGGACAGGCCACUCCGGCAGCGGCAGCGGCACUGCACACCACAGCCAUGGCAGUGGCGCUGCAGCACCAGCUAACAGCAGCUGGAAUCGGAGGACUUCUGAAGCCGGCGGCCGGGGUUGGUGCAACAAUGGCCGGGCUGCCGACCACGCAGGCGAGUGCCGCGGCCCUGCAGCUUCCCAACUGCGCAGACGGAGAGGCAGCCACAUCCACACUGACGCUACUGGAGCCGCCUGGCUCAGCUCUCCUCCAUCCCGCACUGCGCAACGUCAAGACCAUCAACAUAGGUGGCGGCCUGGGACGCAAGCGUCCGUUGUUGGGCGUUCCCCGUACUGGCAUGAAUCCCACCAAACGAACGGUGAUGAGUCUGCUGGCCAGAGCCAAGAAUUCGCAGGCAAUGCACUCGGUUCGACAGCCUGUGGUGACAGCAUCCAGCUAUGCAGAGCCCUUGCAGAUGCUGGCCUCGCCCUUCAUCAUUCCGCACCAGCAGGCCGUCGACCAGCACCAGCACCAGCCCCUCCUGGCGCUGUCCAAGGAGAGUCUCGCCCAAGGCGUCUAACCCAGUGACCUCCUCCAGCUGCUGCUGCCCACUGACCACGGUCCCAGUCCAUCCCGACCGCCUUCGAUGUGCCCCGCCUCCUUCUUUUAAAGAGACCUUGAGGAUGGAACCCAUUAAUCUUUGCGUAGUUGAUGCACACACCGCAUCGAAUGUAUACCCGUACACGAAUGCAUACCCGUACUCGUACAGACGUACGACUAUACCGAUCUUUAGGGACUAACUGUGAACUUAUACGAGAACGAGCUGUGUCGCGUCUACAGUGCACACUCGUGCCCGUGCCACACGAUUUUAUUUUUUACUGAUAAUAAACGGAGCGAAUAUUUUCAAUGCGAUGUUUUAUUUCCACAGAAGAAAAUGAAAGGAAAAAGCCAAAAACAAAAAUUCAAAAGAAAUGUUAAAUUUAAUGGAAUAAAGUUUAAAAACAAAUUGAAACCUAAAAUUAGUGUCAAAUUAAAGAGAGCAACUUCAAUAGAAAUAAAAUGUAAACGCAAUAACUUUAAACAAAUUACUUUAACUAAGUAUAUGCACAAAUACGAAUGCGAAUGCGAAUACGAUUGCGAAUUCGAGUACCGAACACACAAGUACCAUACAACAAUACUUAUAUACAAUACAAGCAAACACAUACAUAUACAUAUACAGAUAUAUACAACUAUAUAGUAUGUGUGUGCGUCUCUACUUAAAUCUACAUAAACUAAGAUUAAACCGAACAAAACUACUAAAUUAAUGAGAUAAUAAUUUUAAAGGUUUUAGCAGCAAAAUGUUUAACAAAGCAAAGACAAAGUCAAAGAUACUCGUAAAUAGUAUUAUGUAAAGUAGACAGACCCCGAUCAGAGAGAUCCCACCGGCUUCAGCUUACUUUGCCUGAUUGAUUGAUUGAUUGAAUAGUCCUAGCCCCCACUUAGCCCAGAGCUUGUGCUAGAUAUGAUAGAUAGUUCGGUUUCAGUUCGAGAACGGAAAGUUUCGGCACAUCGAAAGCAGCGAUUACCUACAGAGUUAUAUUUUGCUCAGGUUACGAGUAUACAUACAGAUAGGAAAGAUAGGAAACGGACAGGAUAGGUCUUUUCCCAUCCAUCCCCACACUGUAUUUUAUAUCUAAAUAAUGAAUUUAUGUUCCACACUAAGGAAAUUUGAUCGGAAUCGUUUCUACAAUAUGUUGCACUUUAAGAGUUACGUACGUAUAUGUUUGUCCCUUUCCCGGAACUCCACCAGCUAAAGAUUUACACUUGGAUGAGAAUCAAGGAUAACACAUACAUUGUACAUAUUAUACAUAGCGAUAACCGAUAUACAUACCAUACAAGCAAGAAUUAAUCGAUAAAUGUUCAAAAAAGUUUAAUCAAAAGGAAACGUAACGAAACGAAACGAAACCAAACGAAUAUUUACAAGCGUAAAAUAAACGUAAAAAUACAGUAAAUUAUUGAUGUUGAAUGAAAGCAAAUCCGUGUAAGGUCCUACUCAUAUCCUAUCCACAUGCCAUUACGUGUAGAUGUCUAUUAUGCAACUUAAAUUAAAUAACUAAACAAAGUCUUAACUGGUACACAGGCGAACUCAAUGUGAGAAAGUGCAGCCAACUCCACGACACCACCACCACCACCACACAGCUUCG